CAGCUCCGCGGCGCAUUGUGGGAUCUGUCCGCCUGCGGGGAGGUGGAGGACACGGCGGUCGGUCAUGGGGAUCCAGACGAGCCCAGUCCUGCUGGCCUCCCUGGGGGUGGGGCUGCUGACUUUCUUCGGCCUGGCUCUGGGCUCCUACCUGUUUCGGAGGUCCCGCCGGCCGCAGGUUACUCUCCUGGAUCCCAAUGAGAAGUACCUGCUGCGACUGCUAGACAAAACGACCGUGAGCCACAACACCAAGAGGUUCCGCUUUGCCCUUCCCACCACCCACCACAUUCUGGGGCUGCCUGUGGGCACACAUGUCUACCUCUCUGCCCGAAUCGAUGGCAGCCUGGUCAUCAGGCCAUACACUCCUGUCACCAGCAAUGACGACCAAGGCUACGUGGAUCUUGUCAUCAAGGUCUACCUGAGGGGUGUACACCCCAAAUUUCCUGAGGGAGGGAAGAUGUCUCAGUACCUGGAUAGCCUGAAGAUUGGGGACAUGGUGGAGUUUCGGGGGCCAAGUGGGUUGCUCACUUACAUUGGAAAAGGGAAUUUUAACAUUCAACCCAACAAGAAAUCUCCACCAGAACUCCGAGUGGCAAACAAACUGGGAAUGAUUGCUGGCGGGACAGGGAUCACUCCGAUGCUACAACUGAUCCAAGCCAUCCUGAAAGACCCUGAAGAUCCAACCCAGUGUUUUCUGCUUUUCGCCAACCAGACUGAAAAGGACAUAAUCUUGCGGGAGGACUUGGAGGAACUACAGGCCCGAUAUCCCAAUCGCUUUAAGCUCUGGUUCACUCUGGAUCAGCCCCCAGAAGAUUGGGCCUACAGCAAGGGCUUUGUGACUGCCACCAUGAUCCAGGAGCACCUGCCUGCCCCAGGAGAUGAUGUGCUGAUGCUGCUCUGUGGGCCACCCCCGAUGGUGCAACUGGCCUGCCAUCCCAACUUGGACAAACUGGGCUACUCGCAAAAGAUGCGAUUCACUUACUGAGCAUCCCCCAGCUUCCUUGGCCCCGUUCCCUGCAAUUGUCCCCAGUUGGUACUCAAAUGCUAUAAGCCCUGGGUUCCUUUUCUGAUAGUAUCAGCCUUUUGUGUCUUUCUCUGGAGCUGAAAUGUGUAUGCUACCUGCAGGAACCACAUCCCUGCAGCCCAUGGAAGAGGACAAAAGUGGAGUCAUUCCCUGGAAGGCCUCCCAAAUCUCCCUGUGAUAAAAGGCCCAGGUCAGGCUCAUGGAGCAAUCUCUUCCAUGGAGUCAGAAAGAAGGGAGCAUGUAUAUUUGUUCCAAGACUGCCUAGUUCUUUAAUAGCAUCACGGUCUCACUUUCUGUGUCUAUGAUGAAAGGUAUAGUCUGUGCAAUGACUUGUACUUAAUAUUCAGUACUUAACCAAUGGACAGGUUCUUCACAUGCAAGUGCAAGUUGAGCAAACUACAGAGGUAGUGAAAUUGCGGGAAAAGAGGAAAUGAUUUCUUCAGAUCUCCAGUCCUCAGAAAAAGGAGGCUGAGAUAUGUGUUUGUAUGUUUCUCUCUCUCUGCCCUUGCCCAGGCUACAAGAAAGUGGCCACCCAAAGUCUAAGACUGCUGUUUGUGGCAGGAGCCUCUGGCUAUGCAAAUAAAUGGGGCUGAGGUCCCCGUGUGAUACCUAAAGGGUUGUCGCAUCUGGGGUCCUUGUUUCCAAGGCCUUUUGUGCCUGAGAAUCUUGGGAGGAAGGGUUUCCCAGUACAGAAUUUCCCCCGGGUCUUCCAAAGAACCUUUGACCAGUUGUUCCCUGUGCUGAAAUGUGAGCUGCCACCAAACUCAGUGAUCAUCUCAGCAGCUGUCUCAGCAGAGCCAGAAGCUUAACUUCCCCUGGAGACUUUGGAGGUGGGGGAGGAGAACAUACAUGAAAAGAAGUGGUACCCCUCACAGUGGUCCUUGGGUUUAGCCGCUCUUCCCUUCUUCCUUCUCUUGGCCCUUCCUUCACCAUAUUUAUUAUCCCUCAGGAUACCUGGCAAACAAAUCAAAGUAUUGUCUUUUUGUUUGGAAGAGAAGCCUUCUUUAAAAAGCAACCUGACUUCACCAGCCCCAGCCAGACUUGGUGUCUUGACAGAGUUGCCUUCCCAGAGGCCCAUCUGUCCUGAGCAGUGUCCUUCUGCUCUUCUGUGACAGCAUAACCCACUCUUCUCCUGACGUAGGACUAGGGUAGCCCCUUCAGAUUCUUCUUUGUUAGAUUCAUUGGGACAAAGCAAUGCAUCAGGCUCAGGAGGAAGGUUGACAUUGUUUUUCUGCAUGGAGCUGUGUAUUACUCUCUCUGGAGUCCCUGAGAGAAAGGCUUCGGGAACUGUCAGAAUUCACCCCUUCGUAGGAGCCCAGGGAGGUCCAACCAUAGGCUAGAGUCUUCAGUAAACCCUUCAAGUGGUGAUCCAUCAUUGAUCAGCUAUUAUGUGUAUGGCACUGUGUUCUGUAAGACACAGUCUCAGCCACAUCACCUCCCAAAAGGAAAAUCUUGCUUAGGAUUGUUGUCUCAGAUAGUGGAGCAGCCCAGCAAAGAUAAUUUUCCACAUGGAAGCUCACCAUUCCUUGUCUUACAGGGUCUCUGCCUCAUCCACUUGACAUACAAACAUUUAUUGAAGACCUGUCAUGUGCUAAGCACUGUUCUAGCCCCUGAGAAUACAAUUGUGACCAAGGUUGGUCUUGGGUCCCCCAAAUAACUCACAGUCUAAGUAAGAUAGACCAGUAAAUAACUACAACACAGCAUGAUUAAUGCUGUAACAGAUACAAACAGGGUGCAGAUGGGGCCUCAGGAGGGAGUUCCAAAGGAUUCCUGAGAGGAAGGAAGAGAAAGAGAAUUAAUAGUUUUGAGUAACCAAGUACUGUGCUACCCAAUCUACACCACAUAAUUUAAUCUUCUUGAUAAUCCUUAGUCUUAAAUUUAAGGAUUUGUCAAAGGUCAUACAGUUGAUCAGUGGCUUAGAGAGCCUAAAUGUGAACUUAGGAUUGUCUUGAGUCCAAAGCCAAACCUAGAACUAAGCAUUUUAGAUCUUCAGGCAGAAUGGGGGCAAGGGCAGGCCAACAGAAGAUCAACAUGUGCAAAAGCCUGGAAGAAGGAAAGAGUUUAUAUUUGGAAGACUAGGAAAAGUUCAUUGAGGCCCAAGAUGCAGGAGGGAAGGUGGAGAAAGAUGAAGCCUGAGUGUAGUAGGUUGUCAUGCCAUGCAGAAGAAGCUUAAACUGAAUUCUGUGGACAAUGGGAAGUUUUUGAGGGUUUUCUGAAUCCUGGCAAAACAAUGGCUAAUGUUUAUGACGCAUUUACAAUUUGCUGGGCACAGUACUAAGAAACUGCAUGAAUUAUCUCAUUUAGUCCUGACAAAGGCCCUAUGAAAUAGCACUAUUUUAGUCCCGUUUCUCAGAUGAAGUAAUUAGCCUUUGGAGAGGGGUUCAGUAAUGUCUUGAAAAGAUCAGAGGCUGGCCAGGGGCACAAACCUGGGUCUAUGUGACUCUAGAGCCCAUGCUUUUAACCAGCACGGAGACAAUUAAGCCCUACUGCCCUCAGGCAGGAAACCCUGGUGGCUUAGUGGUUAAGUGCUACAGCUGCUAACCAAGAGGUUGGUAGCUCAAAUCCACCAGGCACUCCUUGGAAACUCUGGAAACCCCAGUGGUGUCCUGGUUAAGUGCUCCAGCUGCUAACCCAAAGGUUGGCAGUUCGAAUCCACCAGAUGCUCCUUGGAAACUCUGUGGGGCAGUUCUACCCUGUUCUAUAGGGUCGCUAUGAGUAGGAAAUGACUUGAUGG